AUGGUGGAAUCCGGCAGAACUCUGAAAGAAGCAAAUAAUAGAAGCGUUCGCGUGACGGUUCUGGACAAGAACGACGUGGCACCCACCUGGGGCCCAGGCACGUGGAAAUUCGAAAUUUCCGAAGAAGCGCCUCCGAACACCGAGGUAACGAUCCUGAAAGCGUUCGAUCCGGACACGAUCGGGACGCUGACUUACACCCUGGUGCCGAAUCGUCGUCUUGAUGGGAACCAGGACAACUACGUGCCCUUGGACGAGGGCCAGUUCAAGCUCGAUCCGACCACCGGACAACUGACGCUCGCGGAGGCCCUCGACAGAGAGACCAGAGAAAAAUAUGUCCUGAAAGUCCGAGCCGAUGAUGGAUCCCAACACACCGACGUCACGUUAACCAUCCAGGUGACGGACACGAACGACAACGCGCCCACGUUCCAGAGUACCGCGUACUCGUUCGACGUACCGGAGAACAUGCCCAGGGGUAGUAGAAUCGGUCAGGUCGUCGCGACGGACGCCGACGCCGACGGACCCAACAAUCAAUUGAGCUACACGCUGAUAUCCGAUUGGGCGAACGACGUUUUCUCCCUGAACUCCAGCACCGGCGUGUUCACGCUCACGGCCAGCCUCGAUUACGAGCAGUUCAGCAAACAUUUUCUUUCUGAAUUUUCACCCCGUAUUUUUGAACGUGACAACUACCUCAACGAUUUUGUACAGGUGCAACAUUACAUCCUGGUGGUCCAGGCGACAGACGGCGGUAUCCCUGCGCUUUCGUCGACGGUGACGGUUUACUGCAACGUGGUGGACCUGAACGACAACGCGCCGAUUUUCGAGGCAGGACCUCACGCGGCGGAUAUCGUCGAGAACACGACGAUAGGCACCCAGAUCCUGACGGUGGUUGCCCAGGAUCUCGACUCGGGCGAUAACGGCAGGGUGAUUUACGCUGUGGCGGGCGGUGACGAGGACGGGGACUUCGGGGUGGCGUCCAACGGCACCCUCUUCACGCGGAAGCUGCUCGACAGGGAACGCAACCCUCUCUACAAUCUGGUCCUGAGCGCCACCGACAGUCCUCUGCCACCAGCGCGACCGUUGUCGUCCACUGUGCAGGUCACAGUGGUGUUGCUGGACGUGAACGACAUGUCGCCGGAAUUCAUAUCGCCUACGAAGAUAUCGAUAAUAGAGAACGCGGCGAGCAACACGGUGGUGAUGGCCAUUAAAGCCGUGGACAGGGACGAAGGACAAAACGGAUACGUGGAGUACUCCCUGGAGGACACGACGCUUCCCUUCACCGUCGGCCCCGUGGACGGGCUGCUGCGCGUAUCUGGCUCGUUGGAUCGCGAAUUAAGGUCAAACUACACCUUGGAGGUAACCGCGAAAGACCGCGGUAAACCGCCGAGAUCGUCCUCGACCACAGUCACUGUCACGGUCCUCGACGAGAACGACAAUUCACCGGUUUUCGACCCUCGACAGUACUCCGCCACCGUCGCCGAGAACGCCAGCAUCGGGGCCAGCGUUCUUCAGGUUCGUACAGGUUUCCCUUAUUUUACAACGAGGACAACAUUACACGAGUAACGCGUACCAAUCGUCCACGAAAAAGGUGGCAAGUGAUCAAAGUGGCAAGCACGUUGGGUGUGAAUUGGUCUGUUUGAAGAGCAUCGAAUAAUAUUUGACGAGGCCCGUGACCGUCUCGUGAUCGUACCCUAGGUGUGAAUCAUCUUCCGCUUAGGUGCCUUUCUCGCUUUCUCUCUCUCUCUCGCCCUUGGCUGAUUCCCUACUUAACGAAGGUGUGAAUUGUACAGAGAACUACGAGCUCACUUAACGCGAAUUCAAUUGGCAAUUACUCAUCGGAGGAGUUAGAAACGCUGCAUCUUACCAACGCAAUGCUUGAUAUGAUUUUACAGGUGUCGGCGAUGGACCGAGACGAUGGUGCGAAUGGGAGGGUGAGAUACAGCAUCUCCAUGGGCGACGAUAACCGCGACUUCGCUAUAUCGGAGGACGGCGGAGUGAUCAGGGUGGCGAAGAACCUGAAUUUCGAGCGCAAAUCCAGGUACCACUUGACGAUUCGAGGGGAGGACUGCGCGUCGGAAGUCGGGGAAACACCGCGUGACGACACCGCCCAGAUCACCGUCACCGUCCUCGAUAUAAACGACAACGCACCGGUAUUCCUCGACUCGCCGUAUCUGGCGUACGUCAUGGAGAACAUGGUCCCACCUGGGGGAGGAUUCGUGAUACAGGUAAUCGGAGUAGAAGAGUCUACUCUGUGUUACGUUCGAUUACGAUCUGGAACGUUAACCGUCUGCAUUUUGUCCUGCAGGUUAAGGCUUA